UUCACCGUGCUAAACAACAACAAACGUGUUUCUUAUCACUCAAUUCUUUCUUUUAUCAGAGUAUCAGAAAUGUGGAAUGUAAUGCCAUUCGAAUUAUUAUUUUCGAAACAAUUCACUCAUUUUAAGUUACGGUAAUGAAUAAUCACACCUUGAAUAAGUUUUUCCACGAUACUUGCGAACAGUUUGGAGACAAACAAUGCAUUCUUAGUGUUUCUGAACGUUCGCAAAUCUCCAUCAGUUAUGGUCAGACGAAAACUCUUAUCGUAGAAAUUCUUGAAUUGCUGAAAAAAUGUGGAAUUCCGCAGCAAAAGAAUCAGUUCAUCGGUAUUACUGGAAGGGGACUAUCUAUCGAGAUGAUCGCUCUUUUAAUAGGAAUCAUGGAUACAGAGAAUGCAUUUGUGUUUCUUGAUAUAUCAUCUUCAAAGCUACCGGAAGUAAUAAAUCGUUUGAACAUUAAAUGGAUUAUUGGCGAAAAACACUUAAUGGAGAAAUCAAACUCGUAUACUUCGUUCAAAUUCGUAGAAACGUUCAAGAUUUUAGAAAAGGAUUAUUGUAUUUAUAAAUCUACUUGUGAUAAUGAACUUUCAAAUACAGAAUGUAAAUUUGCAUUUGCUGUGAUGUCAUCUGGAUCUACUGGUGAACCGAAAAUCAUCAAAGUUCCACAUGAUUCCAUUGUUCCUAAUAUUCAAGAUUUAAAAAACAUUUAUGAAACAGUACCUGAAGAUGUAAUAUACUCAACCACUCCUUUAACAUUUGAUCCUUGUAUUGUCGAUAUUUUUCUAGCUUUUUAUACCGGUGCUUCUAUUUUGUUACCUUCUCGUGAACAUCGAUUCGAUUCGACUUUUUUAUCGGAUAUUUUCACUCGUGUUUCAAUUUGGUACACUACUCCUUCGCUUUUUAUGAAAUGUUUUCCUAAAAACAUGGAGCGAAACAAUUUAAGAAUUUUAAUAUUAGGUGGUGAACAGUUCCCUAGUUUGAAUUAUCAAAUGUGGCCUUGUUUGCGAAACUUGAAAAUAUUCAAUAUUUAUGGCAUCACUGAAGUAUCUUGUUGGGCUUCGAUUCACUUGGUCGAAGAUUUGAGCAGACCUGUGCCUUUGGGAACUGUGUUAUCUGAUACGAUUUUUCAGCUCAGAUCUGAAGGAGGUGAAAAUUCCAAUUCUGUCGGUGAACUGUUCAUUGGUAGUAGACGUAGAAAAUGUGUGGUUAACGAUGAUUUCGAUGUGCUUACCCAAGAAAUACUUUUCAGACCUACUGGAGAUUUAGUCAAGAUCAUGAAUGAAGAAUAUUAUUAUAUCGGAAGGAAAGAUCGUAGAGUUAAACUGUAUGGACAUAUUGUGGAUCUUUCAGAAAUUGAGGCUGUGAUUUCAAGAAAGAACGAUAUCGAACGUUGCUGUUGCAUUUUCAUCCAAGAGGAAAACAAAAUCGUUGCAUUUGUCGAGUUGAGAAGUGAAAAUUAUGACUUGAAUGAAUUGGAAACAUUUCUUCGAGCUAAAUUAUCAUCUGUUAUGAUACCUACUAAUAUUUAUGUAGCCAAAAUCCCCAUAAACAAUCAUGGUAAGAUUUGCGAAAAAUCUUGUCAUGAAUUAUAUUCCGCUAUGAAAACGAAAAUAAAAAAUUUCUCCAGUGGAUUUGAAAGCUUAUGGAAAAAAUUCACCACCAAAGGCACAGUUAUUGAUCACGAUCGAGGAUUUCUCGACUCUGGUGGAAAUUCCGUUCUUGCUUUACAAUUUACAACCACAUUAGCGAGCUUGUGUCCAGUUCCGGAAGAUUUUAUUGCCUUUUUAUUAUCAAAUAAAAGUUAUCUCGACUGUCUCAAGCUCAUCGAGAACCGAUCGUACGCGCAAGUGAAAAAUACUUUUACCGGAACUCAUCAAGUUGCAACCAAACGUGUCGAUCCCCUGGAAGAGUCAUCAUCAAUGAAAAAACUGAAAACGUCUAAUAACUCUGAAUUCGUUCGAAUAAAAGGUAAAAAUUUUCCAGAAAAUCUCCCCUAUCCUGAGAAUAUAAUUCGUUCACUUACCGAUUUAAAACUCAGCUGGAAAUAUGAUUUGGAAAAAUGUGUUGACGCGUCUCCUACUUUAGUAGUUUUUGAAAAUGACGUUUUUGUAAUUUGUGGUUCUCAUUCUGGUCAGCUGGCGAUGAUAGAUGUGCCAUCGGGAAAUUCUAAUUUGAAAAUACGUUUACCAGAUAGAAUUGAAUCAUCUGCUUCAAUUUCUGAUUGCGGAAAGUUUCUAUUCAUCGGUUGCUACGAUAAAAAAUUAUACUGCAUCGAUAUAAAGAAGAAUUCUAUCCAAUGGUCAUACGAAACAAACGACAUAAUCAAAAGUACUCCUAUUUUAUUCAAAAAUCGAGUAUAUUUUGGCUCAUACGAUCAUAAUUUUUACUGCUUAUCAUCCGAGACUGGUUCCCUGAUGUGGAAACAAGAUAUAGAUAAGUCUUCCAUAUACGCUACUCCAAUCGUAACUGACGAAUAUAUUAUUAUUGCUACAUUAGGCGGAACGGUCGCAGCUUUAAACCACACUGGAACCAUUAAACACAGCGCAUCUUAUGGGAAGCCAUUUUUUUCUAAUCCUUUGAAAUUACCCACCGAAGAAGAAUUUAUUGUCAUCGAUGUUACCGGAGUUAUGCGUCUAAUCAAAUUAAACACUGGUUACAAAAUAUGGGAGCAUCGUAUCAACGGAAAUGUAUUUUCAUCUAUUGCCAUCGUGGAUUAUUCGUCUAAUUGUAAAAUCACUUUCGGAUGCUACGAUAAAAAUGUUUACUGUUUUGAAAUAUUCGACGAAUCUUUGAGUUUGACGUGGAAAAAAGAACUAGAAGCGAAUAUUUAUUCUACUCCUUUCGCCUUUGAAAAUUCCCAACCUGAAACUAGUCCUUGGCAGUAUCGAUAUCUGGCAGUAACAUGUAUUACUGGUAGUGUCCAUGUAAUUGAAGCAGAAAACGGAAACUGUAUAAUUAGCUUUGAUACUUUUGGACCUAUAUUUUCAUCUCCUGUGGUUCACGAUUCUUAUCUGAUUGUUGGAUGUAGGGAUAAUUAUCUGUACUGUUUUAAAUUUGACGAAUGAUUUAAAAAUUCCGUUUAAAAUACAUUUUUUAAUUUUCCUUUUCGA